AUGUUAUAUGAUUUACUUGGAAUGAUAAGGCAACUAGGUCCAUGCACAUGGUUUUUGACAUUAUCUGCCGCUGAUUUGAAAUGGUCAGACACAAUAAAGGUUCUUGCACAGCAACAGGGUAAAACUUUGUCAGAUGAUGAGAUAAAUGACCUUUCAUGGGAGGAUCGCUGUGACUUUUUAAGAAGUAAUCCAGUCACUGCAGCUAGACAUUUUGACAACAGGGUACAGUUAUUCCUCAAAUACAUCCUGUUGAACAAACAACUUAAUCCAUUGGGAAACAUCAAAGAUUACAAAUACCGCAUAGAGUUUCAACAACGUGGCUCACCACAUGUACAUAUGCUGGCUUGGAUUGACAGAGCACCAUCUGUUCAGAAGAAUACCCUAGAAGAAGUGCAACAGUUUAUUGAUCGAUAUAUUACUUGUGAACUGCCUGAAAAUGAUGACAUCUUGCAUGAACUUCUUUCUACUGUUCAGAAGCACUCUCAUUCAACUGCAUGCAGGAAACAUGGAGAGAAAUGUCGGUUUCAUUUUCCAAGACCCCCGGUAAAACAGACAAUAGUUGCAAAACCGCCAGUUGAUACACCAUCAGCUGCCAUGCAGGAACAGUAUUCCGCAGUAUUAACAGCAGUCCAUGAGCAGUUGGUAAAUCUCAAUCCUGGUGAAAACAUUUCUGUAGAUCAGCUUCUUCAGAGAGCAUCAGUUACAGAGAGUCUGUAUGAGAAAGCUUUGAUCUGGAUAGCAACAAAGAAUGGUCAACCUGCUGUUCUUUUGAAAAGAAGUCCUGCUGAAGUUAAUAUCAACAAUUACAACAGAUCCCUCAUGUUGGCAUGGCAGGCCAACCUUGAUGUCCAGUAUGUUACUAAUACAUAUGCCUGUGUAUUAUACGUUGCAUCAUAUGUGUCAAAGCCUGAGAAGACACUUGGGGAUAUACUAAAAGCAGUUAGUGCUUCAGGAGAACAUUUGGGCCCUAAAACUUCAAUGAAAAGUGUUGCAAAGAAGUUUCUGACACAUCGCGAGGUCAGUGCUCAGGAGGCCAUUUACAGAUUGAUGUCACUGCCACUGAUACAAGGAUCACGACAGGUUGUUUUUGUGCCCACAGAUCUCCCUGAACAAAGAACACGUCUUUUCAAACCUAUGAAACUGAUUGAGAUGUUGGAGGAUGAUGAUCCAGAUGUGUACAUGAGAGGAAUAUUGGAAUAUUAUGCAGCCCGACCAAGUCAAUUAUCUGAAGUAACACUUGCUGAGUUUGCAACAAAGUACAAGAAGUCGUCCAACAAAACACCAGAAAAUGACCCAGGAGAAAAGAAAAUUCAGCUUCAGAAGGGAUUAGGUACCAUGAUUCAAAGAGCCACCCCUCCAAUUAUACGAUACCCUCAGUGUUCUGAGAAAAAGCAGGCGGAACAGUUCUAUCAUUCUCAGCUUCUUUUAUAUUUUCCAUGGAGAGAUGAAGAAAAUGAUUUAUGUAAUGGAUCAUACAAGGAGAAAUAUGAUGCCAAUGAGGAAAUCAUCAAACACAACAAAAAAAUAUAUGAGUAUCAUGCCAGUGAAGUUGAAUGUGCCAUGGAAAGUAUGGAAGAGUUUGGAAUUCCAGAAGAGAGUUGGAAUAUUUUGGCUCCUCAGGAUCAACAGAGUCAGUUUGAGGACAGAGCUGAAGGAAAUACAGAAUUACCAACAGUCAGCAACAUGUUUGAUCACAGCAACAGUUCAUCUGUGAAUCAGGAUUUAGGAAUAGUCCCACAUGAAGUAGAAUUCUCAAAUGAAAGAAUGACAAAAUCUGAAUGGUAUGAUCACCUACUUUCACUUAAUCAUCAACAAUCCAAAGUUCAUGAUUUCAUUGUUAGAUGGUGCACACAGAUGCUUUUGUCACACAAAUGCAGACGACCAGAUCCAUUCCAUAUUUUCCUGACUGGCGGCGCUGGAGUGGGAAAGAGCCAUCUCGUCAGAGCUAUAGUUCAAACUAUAAACAAUUCUUUUGAACGAAACAAUCAAUCUCAAGAAAUGCAUGUGAUGGUUUGUGCACCUACUGGAGCAGCUGCUUAUAAUAUAUCUGGAUACACUCUCCAUGCUGCAUUUCAUUUACCAUUGAAUGUAAAGCAUAGUGAUGACUACAUACCUUUAUCUGGAGAAAGAUUGGCAGCUUUAAAAGAAACCAUUGGAAACAUAAAGGUUUUAAUCAUCGACGAGAUAUCAAUGGUUGGUUCAGAUAUGUUACUUACAGUGCAUCGCAGAUUGUGUGACUUAAUGGGAAACCACCAACCAUUUGGAGGAAUUUCAGUUUUAGCAGUAGGUGACUUACUUCAGCUGCCACCUGUUGCUCAGAAAGCGGUAUUUUCAUGCCCAUCAGAUGAAAUGGCAGCCAUCUAUGGACCACUUUGGCAUCACUUUCAAAUUGUAGAACUAAAAGAAAUUCAGAGACAAAAGAAUGAUGCUAUGUUUGCUUUGUUACUAAACAGAGUCAGGGAUGGAACUCACACCAGUGAAGACAUGGAAAUUCUUCAAAGAAGAGUUGUCCAAAGCAACGAUGAAGCUUACCCCAUGGAUGCAACACACAUCUUUGCAUAUAACAAAGAUGUAUAUGAACACAAUAUGAGAAGAUUAGAAUCUUUACAAUCUCCUAAGUUUGUAUUUACUGCAGAAGAUUCCAGAAAGGAUGACCAAACAGCAUUAGUGGAGACAACAAAUUUGAAAGACAUGGCUGGUGGAUUAGCUAAAAGUGUUACCAUUUCAGUUGGAGCAAAAGUAAUGCUUACAAAAAACCUGGAUGUUCAAGACGGUCUAGUGAACUCGGCUAUUGGCAUUGUAACAGGAUUUUAUCCACAACCACAGGAGGACCAAGACAUUGAGACAUUCAAACCAAAAUUCAUUUUUGUCAAAUUCAGUGAUGCAAGAGUGGGUAGAAGAAACCGACUUCAAUCCACUAGAAUUUUGAGGGAUAAUGUUUCAACCCCUAUUCCUCAAGUGGAAUCACAAAUUCGUUUUGGUAGACAUUCAAAGAUUACAGCCAAACGAUCCCAGUUUCCUUUAUGUCUGGCUUGGGCGGUCACAAUCCACAAGGAGCAAGGAAAACAGAGGAUGAGCUUGUAGUUUCUUGUAAAGGGACAUUUCAUGCCGGACAAU